GCUCUGCAUCUCCGCUCCCUCUACUUUCCCGACGGUUCGAACCCAGAACCCUCCGAUCUCUGCCGCUCUGAUCCGUCGCAAGGCCGCCGAGAUCUCGCUGGCGAUUUGCCUCUGCUUUCCUCUGUCAUUUCACGUUUAUUUCGUUUUUAUUGCAAUGAUUCCUUCGUCUCAUUCCCCGAGACGAUAACCCUUUUCAUUCAUAGUUGGUACCGUGUAGUGGGGAUAGUUACUCCUAAAAUUAUCCAAGGUGGUCAUUGGAGAAUCAUUUAUGAUUUCAGGGCAACCAUUGCUGUCAUCUUCAGAUUCUUCCUCGGUGGUGGUUAAAGAUGGAAUUGCUGAUGCUUUGCUAAAAGACCUAGAAGACUAUGGUGAAGAUGUUCUUGUUGGCAAUACUGGUUUUCAUUUGAAAAAUCUUAGAUCGUUCUCAGUGGAAUGCCCCACGCAGGAGCAGAGAAGCCUUGUGUUGUGGGGUUCCAUGGAGCUGCAUGACAACAAUAACACUUCUACAACUUUUGAAAUUUCCAGGGGUUCAUCUACUGUGCAAGAAAAGUUGAACAAGUCUCGGAAGCUAUGCAACAAAAGUGUAGAAUUUGAUGAUGAUCCGUCAUAUGCAGAAGAUCCGAGGUUGAUAUACAUUAAUGAUCCAAGGAAAACUAAUGACGAGUAUGAGUUUACUGGGAAUGAGAUUCGAACAAGCAAGUACACACUGAUCACAUUUUUGCCCAAGAACCUUUUCAUUCAGUUUCAUCGAGUCGCUUACUUAUAUUUUCUGGCUAUUGCUGCUCUCAACCAGCUGCCACCUCUUGCAGUCUUUGGGAGAACAGUAUCUCUUUUCCCCCUCCUGUUCGUGCUGUGUAUCACUGCUAUUAAAGAUGGUUAUGAGGAUUGGCGAAGACAUAGGUCAGACAGAAAGGAGAACAACCAGGAGGCCCCAGUGCUUCAAUCUGGGAAAUUUCGGUCAAAAAAAUGGAAAAGGAUAAGAGCUGGUGAAGUUGUGAAGAUCUAUGCUGAUGAGACAAUUCCAUGUGACAUGGUUUUGUUAGGGACAAGCGAUACUAGUGGACUUGCUUACAUUCUGACCAUGAAUUUGGAUGGGGAGUCAAACUUGAAGACAAGGUAUGCUAGGCAGGAGACAGCUUCUUCAGUUUUUGAAGAUUGUAUGGUAUCAGGGCUGAUUAGAUGUGAGCAACCUAAUAGGAAUAUCUAUGAAUUCACUGCUAACCUGGAGUUCAAUGGACAAAAAUUUCCUCUUAGCCAAUCAAAUAUCGUUUUGCGUGGCUGUCAGCUGAAGAAUACUGAUUGGAUAAUUGGAGUUGUGGUCUACACUGGACAGGAAACAAAAGCAAUGUUGAAUAGUACAGUAUCCCCUGCAAAGCGAAGCAAAUUGGAAAGUUACAUGAACAGGGAAACUUUCUGGUUAUUUAUUUUUCUUCUUGUAAUGUGUUCUGUGGUGGCCCUUGGUAUGUGCCUAUGGCUCCAUCACCAUGAGGAGGAGCUUGACACCCUGCCUUAUUACAGAAAAAUAAUGAUCCCCAUCUCUCUUUAUAUUACCAUGGAGAUGGUUCGCUUGGGACAAUCAUACUUCAUGAUUGAAGACAAGCACAUGUAUGACAGCAGCUCUGAUUCAAGAUUUCAGUGCCGAUCAUUGAAUAUAAAUGAGGAUUUGGGUCAAAUACGCUAUGUCUUUUCAGACAAAACAGGGACGCUUACUGAAAACAAAAUGGAAUUCCGCCAAGCUAGUGUGUAUGGAAAGAACUAUGGAAAUUCUGUUUUUAUGGUGGAUAACAUCACAGAUUCUGCUGUUGGUAGAAGAAGAUGGAAACUUAAGUCUCAAGUUCCUGUUGAUAUUGAGCUCAUGCAAUUAUUGCGCAAAGGCUUGGCUGGUGGUGAGGGAAUGGCUGUGCACGAGUUCUUUCUUACACUUGCUGCUUGUAAUACUGUAAUCCCAAUGCAUACUCAAAGUUCCUCUUUGGAUAUGGGAAGAAGUGAUGCACAGGAAGAUGUGGAAGUUAUUGAGUACCAAGGUGAAUCUCCUGAUGAACAAGCACUAGUUUCUGCAGCCUCUGCUUAUGGUUACACUCUCUGUGAGCGCAUGUCUGGGCAUAUAGUAAUUGAUGUCCUGGGUGAAAAAUUAAGGUUGGAUGUCUUGGGUCUGCAUGAGUUUGACAGUGUGCGCAAGAGAAUGUCUGUUGUCAGAUUUCCAAACAAUAGUAUGAAGGUGCUGGUUAAUGGUGCUGACACUUCAAUGUUCAGAAUUUUAGCCAAAAACACUGAGAAGGAUGACCAAAUAAGGCGUGCAACUCAGACUCAUUUGACUGAAUAUUCAUUGCAAGGUCUUCGCACUCUUGUAGUUGCUGCAAGGGAUCUUACAGAUGCAGAACUUGAGCAGUGGCAGUGCAGGUUUGAAGAUGCUAGCACUUCAUUAAUUGACAGAACUUUAAAACUACGCCAAACAGCAGCUCUCAUAGAAUGCAACUUAAAUCUACUUGGAGCAACUGCAAUUGAUGAUAAACUACAAGAUGGGGUACCAGAAGCAAUUGAGGCUCUUCGUCAAGCCGGAUUAAAAGUCUGGCUUCUGACUGGUGAUAAGCAGGAAACAGCAAUUUCUAUUGGUCUUUCUUGCAAACUUUUGACUACUGAUAUGCAGCAGAUAAUUAUAAAUGGCAAUUCAGAGGAGGAAUGCAGAAAUCUUUUGGCUGAUGCAAAGACCAAAUAUGGUGUACAAUCACCCAAUAGAACAUAUCAGAAUUCAAAAUUGAAAAGGAAUGCUGAAAAUGGAUAUCUUGAUUUACCGCAUGAUGGUACUAGAAGUUCUAAUGGGUUACAGUGGCAUGCUAGGAAGGAAGAAAGACCCAUAGCACUCAUAAUUGAUGGCAACAGUUUGGUGUACAUUUUGGAGAAGGAUUUAGAGUCAGAUGUAAGAAUACUGUUUCCUCAGAUAAAAUUGGUUGUGCUAUGUUGUCGUGUUGCACCAUUGCAGAAAGCUGGAAUUGUUGAUAUGAUCAAAAGCCGAACUGAUGAUUUGACACUGGCUAUUGGUGAUGGGGCUAAUGAUGUCUCUAUGAUCCAAAUGGCUGAUGUUGGUGUUGGAAUAUGUGGUCAGGAAGGGCGUCAAGCAGUGAUGGCAUCAGAUUUUGCUAUGGGCCAGUUUCGUUUUCUGAAGAGAUUGCUUCUGGUACAUGGACACUGGAAUUAUCAGCGUGUUGCUUAUUUAGUUCUGUACAACUUUUACCGUAAUGCUGUUUUUGUGCUGAUGCUAUUCUGGUAUAUAUUAUGCACAGCAUUUUCAACAACUUCUGCACUAACAGAUUGGAGCAGUGUAUUUUAUUCUGUUAUAUAUACAUCCAUCCCAACAAUUGUUAUUGGCAUUCUGGAUAAGGACUUAAGUCAUAGGACUCUUUUACAGUAUCCAAAACUAUAUGGUGCAGGGCAUAGGCAUGAGGCUUAUAAUCUGCAACUGUUUUGGAUCACAAUGAUUGACACAUUAUGGCAGAGUUUUGUUCUCUUCUAUGUACCUCUCUUUACCUACAAGGAGAGUGCAAUUGAUAUAUGGAGCAUAGGCAGUUUAUGGACUAUAGCAGUUGUUAUUCUUGUAAAUAUGCACCUGGCUAUGGACAUUAAACGAUGGGUGCUUAUUACUCAUGCUGCAGUGUGGGGAUCAAUAAUUAUCACCUAUACAUGCAUGGUGGUAUUGGAUUCUAUACCUAUAUUCCCCAAUUAUUGGACAAUUUACCAUCUCACUAAGUCACCAACCUAUUGGCUCACCAUAUUUCUUAUAAUAGUUGUUGGAUUGCUUCCUCGAUUUCUUGUCAAGGUUGUACAUCAGAUCUUUUGGCCUUCAGAUAUCCAGAUAGCCAGAGAAGCAGAGUUACCAAAAAAACCACCUGAGAGGUCGAAGACUGAUCAAGGGUCCAGUUAAUCUCUAUUUUGACACCCUUUUUUGAAAUGAUUUCUAAGUCUGUCCCUCAUUUGGCCUUCCUAUGGCAUGCAGUUGCAAGUUAAAUGAAGGUUCUUGGAAAAAUUGUUGGAUAUACUAUAUUUAUAAGAUCUGCAUUUGCAUUGCCAAAACAAUAAUAGGUUGGUGGUUAGAAGUUUUAUCACUGCACUAUAGGGCCUGAAAAUUUUUUUGGUUCUUCACACUUUUCAUUUUUGGUUGUUUACGGUCUGAAGGGGCCAAGGGUGAGGAUGAGUUAUUAAAAACUGAAGGGUUAGAGAAAAUAAUGAAAAAGCAUAUGGUAUAUAAUAGUUGUGUUAAGGACAGGUAUACAUUUUUUCAUUUUUUUGUUUGUCUUUUUUCUUCUCUUUGUGGUUACAAGUGGAAUGAAGUGUAGAGAACUAG